UCCAAAAUGGCUGCCACGCUAGCAAAAGUGCCGGCAUGUGUUCUGAAAUCGGGAAUUUUAGCUUCACUGAGGUUCAAUUCCGUGGCAAAAUGCUCGAGUCAGAGGGCGUACAGCAUGGCGACCUUGCCUUUUCUCUGCUCCGUAUUUCGGGAGAAGUCUUCCAUAAGGCAACGACCGCUAGAUCUUCUUGUCCGAGCCCGGACCGCCCUAGGAAACUGGAAGAUGGACAUGCGCCAACAGUCUAACUAUGCGUACCGAGGUGCUGUCUCUACCAAAAAUGCCUUAGACGAGCAGAAACAUGACAGUGAAGAGGAGACAAGCCAGGAGACACUCAGGCAUGACAUUAAUGACAAUGACAUGGUGUCAGUUGUCCCCAGAGCUGAUAUUAAGGGGAAAUGUGUCAUCGCCAAUACCAACAUCAAGGCCGGCACCCACCUUUUUACCUUAUAUGGAGACAAGCAGAGACAACCCACCCUCUAUACCAUUCAGGUGGCAAGCCACGCCCACAUCCACCCUGAGGGAAAACUCAUUUUUGUCAACCACUCCUGCAGCCCUAACACCCAGUUCCAGUUCAGCCCCUCCUGGGACCUGUAUGCAGCCAGGGACAUUCUUCCAGGAGAGGAGUUAACUUUUGACUACACCACAACAGAGUGGCAAAUGGCACAGCCCUUCCAGUGCAGCUGCUGCAGUACCAAGUGUAUUCACAAGGUCCAAGGAUUUUACUUCCUGAAUGCUGACCAAAAAGCUGAGAGAGAUGGAGUCCUCUCACCUGUUAUCAAGAAACAACUGAAGGAACAGACAGCAUCAGAAUGAUACAUUCCCAUGGCAUUGCUGUAGGUUCUCUGGACACCAGAGUGCACUUCUGAACUUUGGAAAGAUGAAUUUGAAGUUCGUAUUAGGCCUAGAAAAAAAAUUGUUGUGUUUCCUGUUUCCCGAGUGACCCUAGAAAAACCUGUGGACCCUAGACUUUUUUGGGGGGUGGACCCCUGCAAGGGACAGUCAAAUUAGUUGUCCAACACCCUGAUUGGCUGACAGUUAAAAGAUAUAGCUAUUACUGAUUGGCUAGCAUAGCCUCUCCUUGGUGCUGAUUGGCUAUCACGAAUUGCAAUGUGUUCUGACUGAUGAUUGGCUAUUACCACUCACAAGAGUUAGUUGCUCAAGGCCCUAAUUGGAUGCCAAAAAAGGCCUGAUAACUGAUUGGCUAGCAUAGUCAAUCCUUGGUGCUGAUUGGCUAUCACCAAAAUUAGUCACAAUGUAUUGACCUCUCUACCUCGAAAUUUGACACCGCCGCACAACCACAACCACAACCGCACAGCCCUACACAAAACGGAUUGAGCUAACACUUGCUCGCAAAAGUCAUGAAUAUUUGAGCUGAUCAACCAUUUCUGAGCUCCUGAUGAUCUGACAUCUGAGUGCCGAAACAUAAUGUACAGUA